UCAAACCUCACUAGCUAACUUAGCUGGGGAACUAUUGAUGGAAGAGAGAAACACUGCUAGCCAUGGUGGUAUGAGUUCUAGCUACAGAGGGGUACGAAAGAGGAAAUGGGGCAAAUGGGUGUCAGAGAUACGUGAGCCAGGGAAAAAAAGUAGAAUCUGGUUAGGGAGUUUUGAGACACCAGAAAUGGCAGCAACAGCUUAUGAUGUUGCUGCUUUGCAUUUUAGGGGAUAUGAUGCAAAACUUAAUUUCCCUGACUUGGUUCAUAGCCUACCAAAGCCAGCAAGCUCCGAUGCUGAAGAUAUUCGCAUAGCAGCCCAUGAGGCAGCUAUGAGCCUUAGGCCCUCCACAGUUGAGUCCUCCCAAGGUGGCAGCUCUUGCUCAAACGUUGGUCCCAUCACGGUUAGGCUCUCACCUAGCCAAAUCCAAGCCAUUAACGAGUCACCCUUGGAUUCACCAAAGAUGUGGAUGCAAAUGUCAGGGAUAUCAAUGCCAGAAGAGUCCAUGAUGUACUCCUCCAUUGACGUUGGAGAGGAGGAGGAGUGGGACAACAAGCAAACAGAUUCUCUUUGGGAUCCUUAG